CUAUACGGCCUUUUUCAAUCACUCGUCAACGCGUACAGAUCGUUGGAUUCUAAUCCAAUUGAAUCCACAAGUUAAACGUACUUUAACAAAACGAAAGAUGAGUGAAACAUUGCAAUUAAAAGGCAUCCUUUGGGGACACAGUGGAUGGGUCACCCAAAUUGCCACCAAUCCUAAAUAUCCUGAUAUGAUAUUGUCUUCUUCACGAGAUAAAACUUUGAUCGUAUGGAAACUCACUCGUGAUGAAACAAAUUACGGUAUUCCGCAAAAACGUCUCCACGGACAUUCUCAUUUUAUCAGUGACGUAGUUUUAUCAUCAGACGGUAAUUACGCUCUAUCUGGUUCCUGGGACAAGACUCUCCGCCUCUGGGAUCUUGCUGCUGGACGUACGACUCGUCGUUUUGAAGACCAUACCAAGGAUGUCUUAAGUGUUGCAUUUUCUGUAGACAACCGUCAAAUCGUCUCAGGAUCUCGAGACAAAACCAUUAAAUUGUGGAAUACUCUCGCUGAGUGUAAAUAUACAAUUCAAGAUGAAGGACACAGCGAUUGGGUCAGUUGCGUUCGCUUUUCACCAAACCACACUAAUCCUAUUAUAGUCUCAGCUGGAUGGGACAAGACUGUAAAGGUUUGGAAUUUAACCAACUGCCGUCUAAAGAUUAAUCACUACGGUCACACUGGGUACCUCAAUACCGUUACCGUUUCUCCAGAUGGUUCUCUCUGUGCAUCUGGUGGCAAGGAUUGCAAAGCGAUGUUAUGGGAUUUGAAUGACGGUAAACACUUGCACACUCUUGAUCACAAUGACAUUAUUACCGCAUUGUGCUUCAGUCCAAACCGUUACUGGCUCUGUGCUGCUUUUGGACCUUGGAUCAAGAUCUGGGAUCUUGAAAGCAAAGAAAUGGUUGAAGAGCUUAAAGCUGAAGUUGUGUCAUCAAACAGUAAAAUUGAGCCCCAAUGUCUUUCCCUCGCCUGGUCUACUGACGGUCAAACUCUAUUUGCUGGUUACUCAGAUAAUACAAUCCGUGUAUGGCAAGUCUCUGUUACUAGCCGUUAAGCUUUUUUGUAAAUUGCUUAAAAAAAUAUGAAAAUUCAAGAAAAAAAUAAAGCAAAAUAAAAUAAAAAAAUAAAAAUAA